AUGUCUGAGCCCCCUUAUCCUCUCCAUGAAUCGAUCCGCGACCUGCUUGACCCCGAAUACGCCGCUUUCUACAACGAACAUCUCAUUAAUAAACAACAAGUACACUUCCAGCCGCUUCAUGUGUCGCGGGCUUCUGGAGUUCUGAUCCCCGGCGCGGGGCCUCUCCUCCCUGUUGGCGAGACACGGGAUAUAACCAUAACACGCCGGGAAUCGACAGGCCCCGAUAUCCUGGUGCGGUCCUUUACGCCUGCUGCCGACGAGCCUCCUGAUGGCGGAUGGCCCGUCCUGUUGUACUACCAUGGUGGCGGAUGGGUUUUGGGCAACAUUGAUACCGAAAAUGUUGUAUGCACCAAUAUCUGUGCGAGGGCAAAUUGCGUAGUGAUUACAACGGAUUACAGAUUAGCACCUGAGCACCCGUUUCCAGCCGCAGUGGAAGAUUCUUGGGAAACAUUUCUUUGGGUUCACUGCGAAGGCUCCCGGCUUCUGAACCUGGACACUAAUCGUGUCGCUGUAGGCGGCUCUUCAGCUGGCGGCAACCUCGCAGCUGUCAUGGCUCAUCGCAGCAUUGCGCGGAGCUUCCCACCACUCAAACUCCAAUUACUCAAUGUCCCUGUGAUGGAUAAUACUGCUGAUGUUUCCAGCAAUCGCUCAUAUGCCGCCUACCAGCACACGCCCGCCCUUCCCGCAGCGAAGAUGCUAUGGUUCCGGAAUCAUUAUCUCCCAAGCCCCAUAGACGGGUAUCAGCCCCAGGCAAGCCCACUGUUGUAUUCAGACGAUGCUCCCACCUGGCAUCAACAACCGCAUGCGAUCGUUGUGGUGGGCGAGUUAGAUGUGCUGCGUGAAGAGGGAGAACAAUAUGCUGCAAAACUCAAGAAACACGGUUCCACUGUUGAACUGCAUGUUAUGCGACGCCAGCCGCAUCCUUUUCUUGCAAUGGAUGGCGUCUUGCAGGCGGGCCGGCAGGCCAUCACAUUCAUGGUGGAAGGAUGCAAGCUUGCCUUUUCCCAGUAA